UUCACCACAAGUGCAAUCAUAUGGUGUGAAUUCAAAAAUUAUUUAAUAUUAUCUGAACAGAAAAUUUUUGUAGACAUCGGCGACAGCCACAUAAUCUGGAUAUUUUGCGUUUCACACAUUGCAGAUACGAAGUGACCUUUCAGUUUUGCUUUGUUUAGCUAUGAUGGCUUCGACUUAUUCCACCACCUUCUUGGUAUAUGUAUUGAAAAUCAUAUACAUAGUUUUAAAAAUCCAUGGCGCCGUUGGUGAAGUCGAUCCAUAUACUGAUAAAAGCAAUCUGUUGUGUUACACCUGCUUGAGACAAGAUGGAUUGAAUGCAAACGUCAGCUGCUGGACGGAUAGGCAGACAAUUGCCAUUGAUUGUAGCCAGCAGGAACAUGAGUGCAUCAAUCUGUUGCUGAAUGGAUCACCAGAUUUUAUUUCUCUUCGCAAGACCUGCCAACCGGAAGAAGCACAUAUGAAUCCAUGCCUGCAUUAUAAAGGGAUCAGCUACCAAGUGGCUGGAACACAAACCUACACCGUCAACGGAGAACCGGCAAAAUGUGUAUGCCUUGAUAUUUGUGAUGCAAUGGCAUAUAAUACCUUGUUUGGAAGCCCUAGUGAACAAACCACGUCGUUCUCUGCUCAUGAUCAGUGGACUGUAAAUCACUCUUUUCAUAUGGAGAAACCUAUGCUCGAAGGGAAAUUCUCCAUCAAUGACCUGGAUAGUAUGAGACUCCCUUGGGACCUGGCAUUAGAUAGCGGUGCGCAACCGUUACAUUUGACCUUCUCAUUGGCAUCGUUUAUCUCUCUAGCUUUUUUUGCUUGCUUCGCCGGGAUGCAUAAUAUUUUAUGAGUGUGUGUAGUGGUAUUAAUUAUGUAGAUAUCAAGGCGGUAUCCGUUCCUUCACUUGGUGCAGAACUACGUAUUGCAACUUCGCACUUAACUAGGAUCAGCAGACGAUACAGAUUGAACUGGCGCUUAUUCUUGCUUUCAUAAUCUUGGCUAAAACGUUUUGAUAUUUGCUACCAAAGUCUGGAACUAAUUAAAUAAUAUUAAUUUUAUC